AAUAGUAACCAAGUGGAGAGAUUCAAGAUGAAAUCCUUUGCUAACCUUUUCUUAAUGUUAUUUGUGGCCUUGACUACCAAAAUCCGAGUUUGCAUGGCAGACUGUGAUAAUCUUCAGGAUACUUGUCCAGCAGUUCCACCCAAUAAGCAGACCAUAUUCAUCAAUGGUCUACAAUGCAAAAACCCAGCUAAUGUAACAGCUCAAGAUUUCAGGAGCACAGAACUAAGCAAAGCUGGCUCUAGAGACAUUUUUGGUGCAUCCAUAAAAAUUGUCACUGCUGCUGAUUUUAGUGGCCUGAAUACUCUAGGCCUUUCAAUUGGAAGAACUGACAUUGAAGAGAAUGGCUUGGUAAACUUCCACUAUCAUCCUAGAGCUACUGAGAUGAUCUUUGUUACCAAAGGUGUAUUAUUAGUUGGAUUUGUUGAUACCAAAAAUGAGUUUUUCCAAAGGUAUCUCAAAGUUGGUGAUGUUUUUGUUUUCCCCAAGGCUUUGUUCCACUUCUGUCUUAAUUUUGGUUUUGAAGAAGCCACUAUCUUCUCAGUGUUCAACAGCCAAAAUCCUGGGUUUGUAUCCCUUAGUCCUACAACUUUUGACACAACAUUGGAAUCAUUAGACAAGUUAAAGAGUAGACUCAUCUCACGUUCUGCUUCUGAAGCUCAAGAUGUUACCAGUUUCAUCUCUCCAGAAUUGGAAAGCAUUUUCAGUUAGUCAUUUCAAACUAUUAUCUAUUUAUUGACUUCUAAAUAUUUUUAGUUCAAUACAU